AUGGCCCGCGCCGAGCCCGAUGUGACUGUCCCUGCAGGGGACCCCAAGGCCGGGGCUAAGGUCUUCAAGGCGAAAUGCGCACAGUGCCAUACUGUUAACAAAGGCGGAGCCACAAAACAGGGGCCUAACUUGUUCGGCUUUAUGGGCAAGCCCUCUGGCUCUGCUGAUUUCCCCUACAGCGACGCAAACAAGAACAGCGGCAUCGUCUGGUCCGAGAAGCACUUGUGGGAGUACCUCUUGAACCCCAAGGCUUACAUUCCGGGCACGAAGAUGGUAUUUGCGGGGAUCAAGAAGGAGACUGAAAGAGCCAACCUGAUUGCCUACCUUGUUGAAGCAACUAAAUAG